AUGACAGUUGCUGAACAAUUAGACGCUGGCGUACGCGUAUUGGAUAUGCGAGUACGUCUGUAUGACAAUGAAUUAUUGAUGUAUCAUGGUAUUAUGUAUUUGGGCAUGUCUUUUGGUAAUCUAUUGGAGGACGUGAAGAAUUUUUUGAAAGAUCAUCCAAAAGAACUUGUAAUAAUGUUCAUACAAAGGGAACACACACCUUAUAACACGAACAUGACAGUGUGCGAGAUCUUAAGAGAUAAAUACAUAAAAGAGUAUCCUAAUUUAUUUGUUGAACAUUGGUCAUACGACCACACUCUCGGACAGUAUCGUGGAAAAAUUUUAUUGUCCUCAGGUGAGCUAUGUUUCUAUGAAUGUACAACAUACCGAUUUUGUAAAGAACAAAACAACUGGGAAAUAUCGACUCGAAUUAUCUCAGAAACAAUAAAUGGGCUGAUAUUAAAGCCCUUCAAGAUUCGAUGUUCGAACCGCACAAUGAAUAUAAUUGUUUCAUUAAUUAUUUAUCGGGCAAUGGUUUCAGGUCCAGGAAUGAAUAACCGAAUGUAUAAUUACUUUCGAAAUCCGAAAAAUGUGACAUAUAUUGUUAUGGCUGAUUACCUGUACGAAGAUCUUAUUGAAAAAAUUAGUUCUUUACGAAGCUGUUCUGAAAUGUUUCACGAGCCAUUUUUUCUCCAUCCACCUGGUACUCGACCCCGGGAUGGAAUUUACAUAAAUCCAAUGAGCCCAUUUAUAUCCGAACAUCAAAAACCAAAAGACAAUGAAUCAUUCUACCUCCACAGUCCGAACGACCUCGUCUACACAAGAAUAACUCGGCUGUUUUGUGAUAACGUCGAUAAAACUAUAAACGACGAGCGAAUCGAUAUCGAGAAGAAGGAUGAGACUUUAACUGUGAAAGUGGAUGUUCACAUUAAUAACGGAAGUUACAAACCAAUAAGCAAUGGUAACUCAAUUAAAUCGGAUAUUAUCAAGGACACGGAGCAUGCUUACGAACAGAUCUGUAUCAGACCGGAUGAGACGGAGAGCGUUAAGUCAGUGGGUCACAAAAAAUUUAACGAUGAUGCAUCUGAAAGCAGGCAAUUAUUUUUCCGGUCAAAAGUAACUGUGAGAAGAUUUAGCAGAUCCAGCAGUGCAAGUGAGUCUUCCCACUUAAGCAGUGAAAUACCUUGUUACUCAUCGACAACAUCAACCCCUUCAUUAUCGCGCAAAAGUAGCAACGAACGCAUUGAUAAAACUCCUAAGCCUCCGGAACUACCAGAAAGGAAAAUUGUUAAACCCGUGGAAGUUGAAAGGGACUCAAAACCACAAAUCGAUAAUCUUAAUAGUAUUGUAAAGCCUCCACCACCUCCGCCGCCACCGCCACCACCGGACAACGAAGAAAUACCUCCGUGUCUAAAAAUUCCUGAUCCGGUUGAUAAAAAUUUCAAGGAAGUCAAAGAUGAAUGUGAUAAUUCAUCAGCAACCAACAAAUCCGACACAUCUUCCUCCGAGCAACCACAGCCGCCGCAAACGGAAAUUCCUCCUGCAAUUACUCUCAGCCCACAGUCCUCAUCAGCAUCUUCAAACGAUUCGGAAGAUACUAAAAAACCGAACCAGGUAUCACACCUGGUACACAAGCACAUGGUGCUGCCAUUUAUUCCACCAAAAUUUGCCAAUGCCGCUGACUCGGAUACUCUUCUUAAGCCCUCGGAAUACUUAAGGAGUAUCUGCAAGACAUCUAAUAAUAAAAAUACUCUAUCCAAAGCCAGGUCGGUGGAUAAUUUGGAUAUACAAGGAAGAGUUGAAGUGGAGGAGGUGGAUAAGUGUCAGGAACAAAAAACAUCCCCUGGACCACCUCCUCCUCCUUUGCCGCCUCCAAUUGUCGCCAAGGAUCCAGGCCAUUCAGUUAACACUCCAACAACUUCGACGCAGGAAACUGAAACGCCAAAAACUCAUCAACCGCUGGCUACUAUUAGCAUCCAGGAUCUUACCAGUGUUCAAUUACGACGUACUAAUAUUAAAAUGAAUGCCACUAAAAACUUCUCCACUCCUCCACCUAGAAGUGUUUCUAUGACCAAUGUGUCGGAAGCAUUUUUUGUACAAAAAACGGAUCUUAUUGCUGAGCUGAAGAAAGCAAAGGACAUACCAGGAAUUAAGAAGUUUAAAGUUGAAAUGGCAAAAGUUGAAAAAACACAAGAGCAGAAUCUUAUCAUGGAAAUUAGUAAAUCUUUGAGUGUAUCAAGUUUCGUAGACCAGAUUCCUGAAAGAGAUAGUUCUGGGAACUUGAUACCAAUAUGGAAGCGUCAAAUGUUAGCAAGAAAAGCUGCAGAACGAGCCAAAAAAGAAUUGGAGGAACAAAUAGCACGUGAAAAUGAGGAAAAAAGACAAAAAGCUAUUCCGCCAUGGAAAAGACAGCUUUUAGCUAAAAAAGAUUUCAGUGAUGAUAAAAAACCAAAUCUAAUUAAUCCAGUACCAGGGAUUGUAGCACCACCGCCAGUUAAAAUUGAUGUUAUUCCACCACAAAAAAAGGAGAUAACCAUCCCAAUAAACCGUGUAGAAAAAGUAACUGAGACUGAGGAAAAAAAGAUAGUUACAAAACAAGAUGAUUCAGACGAUGAUGCUCCUAUAAUUCCAUGGAGAGCGCAAUUGAGAAAGACAAAUAGUAAAUUAAAUAUUCUCGACUGA